AAUCUCAUUUCAAUUAAAAAACGUCCACGUUCAAUGAACCGUAGACUCCUAAGAUUCGCGACCAAACAGACAUUGAUAAUUCAUAGUUCACGAUCACGCCUCUUUUAUUUCUCCUUAAAAAUCUCAUACUUUUACUUUACCUUCAACUUCUCUCACUGUCUUCUAAACCACACUGCGGAAAAGCUUGGCUACUAAUAGCCACUCCACAGAUGGCGUUCACGGAGUUUAGACGACUUGACGAGGAUUCUUUAAUAGAGUACAUCAAAGCGACACCGUCUUUGUCCUCCAAGAUUGGUAACAAGUUCGAUGACUUGACCAUCAAAGAAGUCGGAGAUGGCAAUCUUAAUUUCGUCUACAUUGUUGCUGGCUCUUCUGGUUCUUUUGUCCUCAAGCAGGCUCUUCCAUACAUACGGUGUAUUGGUGAAUCAUGGCCCAUGACAAAGGAGCGAGCAUAUUUUGAGGCAAUGGCGUUGAAAGAGCAUGGCCAGUUGUGCCCUGGUCAUGUUCCCGAAGUGUAUCAUUUUGACCGUACGAUGGCGUUGAUUGGUAUGCGAUACUUGGAGCCUCCGCAUAUUAUCCUGAGAAAAGGGUUGAUUGCUGGAAUUGAGUAUCCAUUGCUUGCGGAACACAUGUCAGAAUAUAUGGCGAGGACUCUUUUCAGCACAUCUCUUCUUUAUCGUACUACCUUGGAGCACAAACGUGCUGAAGGUGAGGAGGUUGUAGGAGGUGGAGAAGAUGGCUGUGAUGAUGGUGGUGGAUUGGUGUUAGAUGGUGGUGGACUGGUGUGGAGGGUGGUGAAGGUGGCACAGUAG